GACUGCCACUGGCAUCGCGAGAGUUGCCAGGAGUCAUCCACGGUGACCUAUGGUCAUUCACAGUCCAUCGACGACGAGCGUUCGCGUUGAUUCUCGUGUAAUCUGUGACGGACGCAUCUCGCGAGAUCAUCGGAUAUUAUUUUAGAGAUACGUACUACUGAUCAAAGAGCACGAUUAUUCGUUGUCACGGAUAAUCGGUCCUGAUCCUGAUUUGUCAUUUCUGCGAUACUGCGUUAUUACGCUGAUAAAGUGUGCUGAAGAACUAUUGAAAUACUGAAGAAGAAACAAGGUAUAUAUCUCGCGCAAAGUAACCGAUCGUUUUGUGAUCAACAGUCACCGCCGAUUGACUUGCCUCUUUCGGGAAGAUUGACAAGAUGAUAUGCGCGGACAGAUUGACACGUUGUGUUUUCGCGAGUGAAGAGACAGACGAGUGAAACCAAAGAUAACAUUUGUGACAAUUAUUUCUGGCAUAACGUAAGAGUAUCUUCAAAGCGAAAACGCCAAUCUGAUCAACAGAAAAGACGCGAUGCACCGUAAAUUUUUCAUCUCUUUGAUCGAAGUCGUCAAAUUCCGACACAAUCGUAUCGAUGCAAACUAUAUGAUACGCACCGACGAAAACGACGAUCGUGGCAAUCGUUUUCUUCAAGAGUUCCGAGGUACCAGCGGAAGACGAAACAGCGGAACUAGUCGCAGUACGAGAGCAUCAAGUCACUAAGGACAUUCGAGGACGAGGUUGCUGAUUGUAGUUGUCCGCGAGCGCGCACACAAUGUCCAUAUUCCUGACAACGAAACCGCAACACGCGCAGUCGAUCAAGAUCACCGUUAUUCAAGAAUCUCGACCGCCAACUCGCGAUCGAGUCAUUAAGUCUCCAAAGAUUGUAAGCUGUUUUAGACUGUUUUAGACUGUGAGGUUCUUGAAAUGAACAGCUAUUAAGUUACCGAACAUUUCCAAUCCAUUCGGUGAUCCUUGAAUCGUUCGUUUUUGGCAUUCGUUCAGGCGUUCCAAAUAGUUGUAGAACUCUUCAGAAUUGAUUGCUGAAAAAAAAACACAUGUGUUUUAUACAGUGAAAGAAUUAUAGGAAUUAUAAAAUAAAGAUCCAAAACUUUUCUUUUGUGGAUAGAGAAAAGCGGAGAAAAAACAAAGGAAGAAUCUACAAGGAGAGGAGUUGGAAAAAUUUAUUUAGUGAUUAGUCGCGCGAAUCGAAGCAACUCUUGAAUCUUGAAGAGAAGAUACUAAACAAGAGGACAGAAAGGAGGAAAGAUAGAAAGGAAAAGAACCUUGCAAUUAAAUAUACAUCGGUCUCUCUUCUCUUCAACGUCGUCAAGAUGUCAGUCUGGCCUUUUUCCAUCCUGUUGCUCCUCGCGACGAUCCUCGGCGACCUCAUCAGCAUCGGUAGCGCCGAGAAGAUGACCGGUGUAUACGUGGACAAUGGUUUCGAUCAGACGGUGGUCCAUCGUGUAGUCAGCCAGCAUGAGAAACGCGAGUUGGAGCAUGAGUUUCUCAACCUGUUGGGACUCCCGGAUCGUCCGCGAAGCAUCAUCGACAUGCCUCCCCAGGUCAAGAGAUCGGCGCCCAAAUUUCUGCUGGACAUUUAUAAGAAUGCCCUCGGCGAGGACGAGGAAGAGAAGCCUGCGGCGCAUCAUCAUCGCAAGGCUGGAGAGUUCGACCUCACUGGCCAGGAUCUGAAGGCGAUCGAUCAGAGCGAUGUCAUCAUGACCUUCGCCGCACACAAUCAUCAUGUCCCCGGGGUGAGGCAUGAACGUGGGAAGAGACUCUGGUUCGACGUGUCCGAAGUACCACCUCAAGAAUACAUAAUCGGUGCUGAACUCAGGCUGUAUCGCAGCGCGGACGUUAAGGGUCGCAAGAAUCAUGGAUCUCACACGAUUACCGUGUAUCGGGUGUUGAAGACCGAGAAUGGGACUCGAGAGUUACAGUACGUCGAUGCCAUAAAUAUGACGACCAAUCAGGAGGGUUGGCUGACAUUGAACGUUACCGGGGCUCUCGAUCAUUGGGUGAAUAAUCCUGAUGAAAAUCGAGGACUAUAUCUCUCUGUGCAUCCCGCCGAUCGUUUAGUACACGAAGUGAGGCCGGAAGAUAUUGGGAUCGUAGAGUUCCGAGGAGAUCCUGAUAAACAACCCUUCAUGGUAGGCUAUUUCAAGAGUUCGGGCAUAAGGGAGUCCAAAGUCCGGCAGAAACGCGAUGCCAGAAGGAAGAAGAAGAGCGAAUCCACUAAUUGGGAUUACAAGACAAAUCCUUACACUGAUCCUGGUGCGACAUUUUAUUCGCGAACAUGCAGAAUCCAAACAUUGUACGUCAGUUUUCGCGAUUUGCAAUGGCAGGAUUGGAUUAUCGCGCCAGAUGGGUACGAUGCCUACUAUUGCAGCGGUGAGUGUAACUUUCCGUUGAACGCUCACAUGAACGCGACCAACCACGCUAUAGUCCAGACGUUGGUGCACUUGUUGAAUCCAGGUAAAGUGCCCAAGCCCUGCUGCGCGCCGACCAAGCUCUCGGCCAUCUCGGUCCUAUACUUCUUAGACGAGAGUAAUGUCAUUCUAAAAAAAUACAAGAAUAUGGUCGUCAAAAGUUGCGGUUGUCAUUAAAAUUAUCUUCACAAUUACUUCCCACGUUCUAUUAUUGGAACUGGAAUCUCGGCAAGUUAAAAUUAAUAAAUUUAGCAGAAGUGUAAUGAAGGAAACGAAUUUACCUCCCUUAUAUUUUAUAUAAAAAUUGACAUGUUUUACCUCUUCUAUAUUUUAAAUAAGAAAAUUGACAAAUAUUAUUGCGUAAUUUUUGAGUAACAAAACUGGGACGACACGAGAUACAAAUUAUUUCUAUUCAUAAAUCCAUCCCAGCUGUUUAUUAA